CGAUGACAUAGGGUGGGAGUAUGGAACUAUUGUCAAUCCAAAUGAUUGGAAUGUCAUAAAAUGCAAGUUAUGUCCUAUGGUUGUCAAGGCUGGGAUUUAUAGGCUUAAGCUGCAUAUUGCUGGUAGAAAAGGGCAAGUCCGAGCAUGCCCCAAUGCAACUCAAGAGGAUAGAGACAAGUGCAGUAAAGCUCUUGAUGAUUCUAGGAAAGCUAAAAUAGCUAGGCUAACAGAAAAACAAGAGGUUAUUGAUGCAGUUGCAGAUGAGAUGGAUGUUAAUGAUGACACGGGCCUUGAUGACAUUGGCAGCUCUCAACCAAGGACAAUGGGUCCUAUGGACAAGUUCACAAUGUCUCUUGACUCCAAUUCUUUGGGUUCCACACAAAAAAACCUUCACCAACAAAAGAUUUCUGAACAUGUAAUGAAAGAAAGGUUGCAUAUAUUGAAGAGAUAUGUUGCUAGGUGGAUGUAUGUGCAAGGAAUACCUUUCAAUGCCAUAAACUGUGAUGAGUUUGACCAAGUGUUGGAAGCUGCUGGCCGCUUCGGUCCAGGUGCAAAGAAACCUUAUCAACAUGAGCUGCGGGAGAAACUGUUGCAUGAGGAAGUGGAGGAUACAAAGAAGAUGAUUAAAGAUCAUGCACAAGAAUGGAAAAAAAACCGGUUGCUCUCUUAUGACUGAUGCUUGGACAGACCAAAAGAGGAGGAGCAUAAUGAACAUAUGUAUCAAUUCUGCCAUCGGUACAUAUUUUGUUGAGUCAAAAGAGGUUUCAGCUGAGUCACACACGGGGGAAAUGAUUUUUCAGUUUGUGGAUAACUUUAUUGAGAAAUUGGAUGCUGGUAAGGACCAUCUUGUGCAAGUGGUCACAGAUAAUGCAUCAAAUAAUAUGGCAGCAAAGGAUUUGCUUUAUGUCAAGAGACCCAACCUAUUUUGGACUUCCUGUGC